AUGAAACGCGUACAGAGGAAACAUGAACACCUCGAGCUUUUACAGCACAUUCGGACGCUUCUUUCCAAACAACUUCUCUCUUUGGGAGCAUCUCCAGAAGAACUGGACUACUCGUGACCUGACGCCUUUCUCCAUCGACUUUCUGUUUGCGGGACAUGAACCGGACACUAUAGUUUUAAUGGUGAUGUACGUGAUCUCUUUCGUGACCGGACUGGUGGGGAAUAUCAUGGCUCUGUGGGUCCUGACGCGCCGCAGGAAUCGCUUAUCUGGAGCUUCAGCCACCAGGAGACUCCUGGUCAACCUGGCGGUGUGCGACAUGAUGGUGGUGUGUGUCUGCAUGCCGGUUAACUUAGGACAUCAGGUGUAUAACGCCUGGGUGUUUGGAGACUUUCUGUGUCGAGCUGUGCCGUUCGUUCAGGCGGUGUCAGUCUCUGCGAGCGUUCUGAGUCUGGCCGUGAUCAGUUUGAACAGAUACUACAGCGUCCACAGUCCACUCCACGCCAGGUCUUUCUUCACGGCCAGCAGAAUGAUAUGCAUGAUAGCUGUGGUGUGGGUAGUAUCUUCUGCGCUAUGUUUGCCGUUAUUUUUCAUGAACACAACUAAGACGCUUUCCCUUCUAGACGGGCUGCAUACAGUGACCGUGUGCGUGGAAAGCUGGUCUAAAGUCAAACUGCGCCAGGGUUACAACUUUUUACUCUUCUGCGCGUUGUAUGGAUUCCCGGUGGUCUUUAACCUAAUCAUUUGCUUCCUGACCGGUUGGAAAUUGAGUAGAGGAGGCACAGCAUCAGUAUCAGAUCCUAACCAGCUCGCGCUGACCUCUUCCACAUCGCGCCUGAAAACGCGCAAGAGGAUCGCCAAAAUGGUCUUUGCGCUCGUGCUGCUCUUCACCUUCUCCUGGCUGCCACUCUACGCCGUGGACAUCUGGAUCGAUUCCAACAUCCCCAGCUCUCCUGAUCGAAACGACGAACUGAGCAACGUUGAGCAUCAUUGGCUUCUCCAGAGCAGACCUUUUGCGCAAUGGCUGGGUCUCACCAACUCAUCCCUCAAUCCCCUCUGCUACUGCUUUGUUGGAAACUUGUACAGAUCUGCCAAAAGGUUUAGAGAAAGCUACAGAGAGAAGAUGUCAUCUGUCUUGAGCCUGACCAAUAAAUCUUCAAUGAGAAAUUCUGCGUCUAAAAUCCAGCCGCGCAACUCUGGCUCGUCCAGGAGAUUUGCGUCGGAAAGACGGAGCUACACUGUUUUCAAGCUGACCAGAAGUAAAAGCUUGUCUUCGACUACCGUGUGUGAGAGUAUUUGACUUGGGGAGCAUGACAGACAGACUGCAAACGAAAAAGGAAAUGUCAAUAUGAUGAUGCUUUCUAAUAACUUUCAUUGAUAAGUCAUUAUCAGACAUUAUAUGCUGCUUAAUAGAGUUGUACAUUUCAGUCUAAAUAUAUAUUUUUCAUUGUUUGUCUGAAUGCUACAGGAAACAAUAACAUCUAUUUUGCAUCUAUUUAUUAAUUGCAUUUUUUAUUAUUAAAUACAUUUUUUCAUUCAAAAUAUUUUCAGCAUAAUUUGAAUGAAAAGAUGAACUAAAAAAGAGUCCCUUUUUUUCAAUGUCGACUUUUAAUGCAAAAUUUAUUGAUCAAAGUUAUUAUAAAGUAUGUUAUUAGAACGUAAAAAAGUGAUUAUAAUGUAAAUUAUAUAUUUAUCUUGCCUAUUUUGUCGUUUUCUUUUGUUUUAGUUUCAGUUAAAUAGACGAAUACCAGAUUUGUAAGGAAAUCAGUUCAUAUGAGUGGAAAAUUGUGGUCCGGUUUAUGGGGACAAACCAAGAGUGUGUGGCUCAAGUCAAGAUUAAUGGUACCACUGAGAGGCUUUAGCCCUGAUAUGUGGUUGUCUGUUAUUCCCACCAACUCCUCCUCGGCAGAAAUCUGAAGACCUCUAAAUAAGAAAUAUUCCUACUGUUAUAAAUUUUGACUGUAUCACCGCACCACGUUUACAGUCUUUCUGAAAACUUAAGUCAUAAAAAAAUUACAAAUUCAGUGACAAAUUAGGGUUAUAUAUAUAUAUA